UCCAGGAAGUGCUGGGCAAGGCAGGGAGCCAGAGAGGAGCUGGAGUGCGGAAUGGAGAGAUGGAGUCUUAUCACCGUAGUACUCGCAGUCAGCCUCACGGUGCGCUGGGCAGUGUCUCUGAACUCUUAUUCAGGUGCUGGGAAACCUCCUAUGUUUGGAGAUUAUGAAGCUCAGCGACACUGGCAGGAGAUUACCUUCAAUCUACCCAUCCACCAAUGGUACUUCAAUACAAGCAACAAUAAUCUGAAGUACUGGGGUCUUGAUUAUCCACCACUCACUGCUUACCAUAGUCUGAUUUGUGCAUAUGUAGCUAAAUCGAUAAAUCCUGAGUGGAUUGCUCUUCGUACAUCUCGUGGAUUUGAAAGCCUUGGGCACAAGCUAUUCAUGCGAGCAACAGUGUUUGUUGCAGACCUUGCUGUAUAUAUCCCUGCAAUCCUCUGUUACAUUCAUCACUGUGAAGAAACAGAGAGGAAGAAGGUGUCGUCUCUGCUUUGUGCAUUGCUGUAUCCUGGACUCAUUCUUAUCGACCAUGGCCAUUUUCAAUAUAACUCUAUCAGUUUGGGCCUUGCCGUUUGGGGGUUGCUGGGCCUGCUGUUUGACCGAGUCCUGUUUGGCUCUGUGGCAUUCUGUCUGGCUCUUAAUUAUAAGCAAAUGGAGCUUUACCAUGCACUGCCUUUCUUCUGCUAUCUCCUUGGAAACUGUUUAAAGCGAGGGCUGAAAGGUGAAGGGAUGAUACGAUUGAUCAAAAUUGCACUUAGUGUGCUGAUUACAUUUGCCUGUUGCUGGCUGCCCUUCCUCACCAGUCUCCAGCAGUCCCUGCAGGUGCUUCAAAGGCUUUUUCCAGUUGAUAGAGGCUUAUUUGAGGAUAAAGUUGGAAAUGUGUGGUGCAGUUUAUCGGUGAUAUUGAAGCUGAAGAAGGUUUUAUCACCUCUAACCCAGGUUUGGCUCAGUUUUGCUGCCACACUUUUGACAAUAUUACCUACGUGUAUAAAGCUGACAAUUAAUCCCACACUAAAUGGGUUCAAACUUGCACUGGUGAAUUGUUCUUUGUCAUUCUUCCUGUUUUCUUUCCAAGUUCACGAAAAGUCUAUACUUCAGGCUGCUCUACCUAUAUUAUUGCUUCUACAUGAAAUUCCUUUCAUGGCAACUUGGUUUUUGCUUGUAUCAACUUUUAGCAUGUUUCCCCUGUUGUUGAAGGAUGGACUGCUCCUUCCUUACACUGUUACCUCUUUCGCCUUCCUCCUUGUCACAACAAAGUUGUUGUCAGCAUUUGAUAAAGUGUCAUUGGAGGAUCUGCGACUCCAGCCAUUUUCCCAGGGUGUGAGGAGGUACAUUCCAUACUCUACAAUUCCACCACGUUUUGCAAAACUUACAUUCCUUCUAUCUGUAAUUGCCAUGGCCACCCUUAGUUUGAUAUCUGCAACGCUAGCUCCUCCCCCACAACUGCCAGACUUAUUCCCUGUCCUGGUGUCUCUAUUUUCCUGCAUCCACUUCUUGAUCUUUCUGAUGUACUUCAACAUUCUGCAUUUAUCAGAGCCCGUCUACAAGAAGCAUCAACGGAAAGUCAAGUAAAGUACAUGUCACUGCAAACCUAGAAAUUAAUUAUAUUGUCUGUAAAGCACAGUAAAUAAAAGCUGCUGUUUUAAA